UCCCACGAUGCCUUGCGGUGCGGCGUCCUGCGCAUGCGCGUUGUGUUCUGAGCGGUGGUGUAUAAUGAAUCCAGCGUGGAGGCAGCAGGGUCGUGGGCGGGGUCAGGUCAGAGGUCAGAGUACCAGCGGUGACCCCUCUGUGGCUGCUGUGAGGUCGGAGGUCAGAGUGUCGUCUCUGUCCAAGUUUGAUGAGAUCCGGAAGGCUGAUCAAGCUUCUGCUCAACGAUUGGCUGCAGAGAAGCACAGCUCCUCCUCCUCCUCCGAGGAUGAUGAUGAAGACGAUAGUGAAGGAAAACGAGUAAAGAUUCUUCAGUCGGCUCUCUGUCCCUACACCUCACACACAGGUGAUGCUGGUCUUCUGGAACAAACACGUCAUUAUUUAAAUGAAGUAUGUCAGUCUGGAGGCGUCACAUGUCUGAUCUGCAUUGCGUCUGUCAGGAGGACACAGGCUGUGUGGAGCUGUGUGGGCUGUUACUGUAUUUUUCACAUCACCUGUGUUCAAAAAUGGGCGGCAGACUCCGUCUUCCUGGUGUCUUCAGUGACGGAUGAGGACUUUGGGAAAAAAGAUCACCCGUGGCCAUGUCCUAAGUGCAGAUAUGAAUACAGUCGUGAGAAGACUCCGUGUCGUUAUUACUGUUACUGUGGGAAAGAGGCUGAGCCUGCUCCAGACCCCUGGCUCCUCCCACAUUCCUGUGGACAGGUGUGUGAGCGAGAGUUUAAACCCUCGUGUGGACAUCGCUGCUUGCUGCUAUGUCACCCAGGUCCCUGUCCACCCUGUCCCAAGAUGGUGAGCGUUUCGUGUUUGUGCGGGAAAUCAUCUCGUGUCCCGCGCCGCUGCAGUGCUAAAACCUGGAGCUGUCGGCAGAUCUGCGGCCGGACGCUGCCGUGCAGAAUCCACCGCUGCGCAGACUUGUGUCACACAGGUGAGUGUUCUGCGUGUCCUCAGGUCAGUCUGCAGGCGUGUGCGUGUGGCCGACAACAAGAAGAGCAACCAUGUGCAAAUCUGGAGUGGCACUGUGACCAGGUGUGUGGUCGUCCGCUGUCCUGUGGGAAUCACACGUGUGAGCGUGUGUGUCACUCAGGUGUGUGUGGACCGUGUCCUCGUGCAGGCAAUCGCUCAUGUUUCUGUGGCAGGACCAAGAGUGUGAUGCCGUGUACUGUGGAGGUGCCCACCUGUGGAGACACCUGCGGUAAGAAGUUGGAUUGUGGAUUACACACCUGCUCAAUGCGUUGCCAUAAAGGAGCCUGUGAGACCUGCCGGCAGGAGGUGGAGAAAACAUGUCGAUGUGGCCGGUACAGCAAAAAUUUACCCUGUCAUAAAGAAUAUCUGUGUGAGUCAAAAUGCAACAAAACCCGAACCUGCGGCCGACACCAAUGCAAGAGAAAGUGUUGCCCUGGUAACUGCCCUCCAUGUGACAUGAAGUGCACUCGAAUGUUGGGUUGCAGGAACCAUAAAUGCCCAUCGGUGUGCCACCAAGGGAGCUGUUAUCCGUGUCCUGUGAUGGUUGAAGUUCAUUGUGAUUGUGGCUCAACCUCCGUCUCUGUGCCUUGUGGGAGAGAGAGAAGCACGAAACCACCACGCUGCAAAGAGCUCUGCAGGAAACUUCCGUCGUGCCAUCAUUCGUCUCUGGAGCAGCACAGGUGUCACAUGGGUUCAUGUCCGGCCUGUAAGCAGCCGUGCGGGCGUCAGUUAAAGGGCUGUAAUCACCUCUGCCCGGCGCCGUGUCAUGAUCAGGUGUUGGUUAAAUCCAGCGAGCGGGUGCUGUUAGCUGGGCCGUGGGAGCAGCAGUCUUCCCCGGCAUUCAUCCGCACCGCUUUACCAUGUCCUCCCUGCCUGGUACCCAUACCAACAUCAUGUCUGGGGGAGCAUGAGGUGAGUCCAGUACCCUGUCACUCCCGUGGGCCGUUCUCCUGCAGUCGUCCAUGUGGACGAAUUUUAACCUGUGGGAACCACAGCUGCUGUUUAGAGUGUCAUCAUGUUACUGCUGCGCCACAAUCAGAAAAAAUCAAGGCUGGCAAGGAAUGUGUUAAAUGUGAGGAGGGUUGUUCAAAGCCCCGUCCUGCAGGCUGUAUUCACCUUUGUGCCCUGCCUUGUCACCAUGGAAAAUGCCCCACCUGCACACAAAUGAUCCGUCAGCGGUGCCACUGUAAGAUCUCCAACCUGUACAUAGAGUGCCCGAAGUUCACCUCUGCUGAUGAUGAGGGUAAAGAGUUGCUGUCCUCCUGUCAAAAUCAGUGUCCUAAACAGUUGAGAUGUGGUCAUCGCUGUAAGAUGUUGUGUCACUCGGGUGAGUGUGAGCAGAUCUGCGGUCAGAAGGUGAAGCUCAGAUGCUCCUGUAAGAGAAUUAAGAAGGAAUUCCCCUGUUUUCAGGUCAGAUUGGAAGAUCGGUUGCUGGCGUGUGAUGAGAUGUGUCGAGAACUCCAAAACAAACAUGCUGAGUCUCGAGCAGCAGAGGAGAAAGCAGAGCUGGAGGAAAAACUAAGAAAACAGCAGGCUGAACUAGAAGCGUUUGAGAAACGACAGAAAGGACGCAGGAAGAAAAGCAGGAAAGUCACUGAGGAGGAGUCAGAGGAAGGGGUGUGGCUUAAAUAUAAGCACUGCCUCCUGGUGCCUGUCUGCGGCCUCCUGUUUGCUGUGGCAGCAUUUUAUCUCUUGCAGCUGUGAUUCAGGAUUUCUUUUUCUGACAUUUACUUCUAAAAUGUAGCUUUAGAAUGUACAUUAAGGAGGUUGAUCAGGUAAUUAGUGACUAUUAUUUUAGAAUUAAAUUACUUUUGAGAACGUAUUCAAUCUGUUCUAUUGUACGAUUCACACACAGUUAAUUCUAAUAUUACAUUGAAGUCUUUUCAAAAUUGCAUGAAAUUAUGCCCAUGAAUAAAACUUUCUUUGAGAUGAACAAUUUCUUUAAGUUUGAGAUGGUGUAAAAGACAUUUGGUCAUGGUGUCUUAAAUUAAAAUUUCUGAACAAAUCAGUCUAGAUUUCUAGUAUUUCAUUAAAAUAAAUGAAUGUAUUGAAAA